UGACUUCAGUUACUGCUUAAGCAAUUCCUCGGGACAACACGGAAACGGCUUCGUCGUCGCUCACUUUAGAAGCGCGGUCGUUCUAGUUGCUCUGAUUUUAUUCUUUUCGACUCCGUAGUUUCCUCGUUUAACUGUUAGACAGCAGCUCGACUCCGCGGAGGGUUCGACGGCGAUUCUUUCAAGUUCUCGGGAAUAGACGUUCCGAACAAGAUCGGCCACUAACCAGCCAUGGACCUGCUGUUCCAAGGAUUCUUCCUGGUUACAUGUUACUGGGUGACUCUCGCUUCGACGGCAGAGCAAGCAGGUGUGCUCCCACCGCCAAGCCGCGUGUCUCUGCAAUGGGUCAACGAUUUCUGCGUAAAUCUGUCUUGGAGCCCUCCGGAAAAUCUGAACAGGAGCGCGUGUGGCGUCAAAUAUUUAGUUGAGGAAACAAUCCGCGGGGGGGAAAGCAAUAAAUUCACAAAAGUGUGUACAAAUUAUACAACUUGUCUGGAGCUUGAUGGCGGAGUAACCUACACAGUGAGAACACAGCCUGACACCUGUGGUCAGAUCAAUAGCAGUGAAGGUAUAACCUUGAGCAUCCCUCCUGUAAAAGAAAAACUGGUGAAAGACUUCCAGUGCGUUUAUUAUGCGUCGGGGUCCAUGAACUGUACGUGGAAUCCAACAAGCGAGGCCACUGACCUCCAGCUCCACUACUGGUGGAAUGAUGGUGAGAGAAUCCACCUGCCCCCGGAGCCCUGCUCUUUGUACCUGUACAGCGGGAACCUGAAGACGGGCUGUCACCUGCAUGGAGGCUUCCUGGACGUCACUGCACUCUACCCCAUGUUCUUCCUUAUCAAGGGAAUGCGAGGAGGUUCAGUCCUGAGGAACACCUUCUACACGCUUCCCCGUGAAAAUGUGAAGCCCUCGCCCCCCAAACUGAAAAUAGAGCCUCUGCCUGACAAGCCAAAUCAUCUCAUGCUCACAUGGGAGGAACCCAGUGGAUUUCACCCAGAAUUGAAAUAUUGGGACUAUCAGUUUCGCAUCACCAACUGUGAGAAAAAACAGCCCAAAAGUGCUCAUCAGGACACCUACGUGGAAGUGCCAUACGACCAGCGAUGUCAGUUCCGAGCCCAGGUGAGGGCUGUCUGCAACUACAUGUGUGGGAAAGGGGCCAGCGACUGGAGCCAGGAGGAAUCCUAUGGUCAAGAUUCAAGUGAUUGGUCUUUCCAUGUGGCUUUUAUUGCUAUUCCCAUCAUCCUCACCAUCUGUGUCAUCGUGCUCCUCCUGUUCUUGAAGAAACUGCAGGUCUUGAUCCUGCCUCAGAUUCCCGACCCAAGGAAGUUCCUCAAAGAGCUGAUCAACAGCAAUGAAGACCAAGGGGUUGCGCGGCCAAAUCUCCCCUGGGACAGUACUCUGGAUGAGAGGAAGGUCUUCGUCCCCGAGCAGACGGAGGUGUGUCUGAAAAUUGAGCUGGAGGCGGAGUCGCAACCGAAGGAAAAGCCAAAGGCCGAGCCAUGACCAGCGAGAGGUUCGGGUGCUGGUGUCCUUUCCGUCCAGCAAACACCCUGGACGGCAAGAAAGACAGCGGGUUUAGCGCUGUCCUGUCAGCCAUCAACAAGCACACAAAAAAAAAAAAAAACUUCACUGGGAAAUGUUCCGUUCUGUUUUGCUCUGUUCCUUGGACACCAGAAUGCUCAGCCCAACGUAUGGCUCCUUUGCCCAGCUCUUAAGAAGGCGUCCUGGGCGUGGAUGAAAAAGGCACACGUUUUCCACGUGUUUGUCGGACAAGUUACAUGCGGUCAGGAGUGUCUGUGACAGGCUCCCACAUAGAUGGUUGAGGCAAGGUGGCGGCACCUCGGUGCAAAGAAUCCCAGGAGGAUCCAGGCCUGAGAUGGCUACCACAUGAAACAAUUGUUUUCAUGAUCCUUGGAGGAACGAGAAAGUUCUCUGUGUACCGCCAGUAACCGGGUGGUUGGGGGACGUGGGCUUUAUAUCAGGGCUAAGUGACUGUCAGAGAGGACCACGCUGAGGGACCUGACAGUGUCCACUAGGUGGCAACUCCAGAUGACAGUUGGGUUUGAUUUGCCAGGUGAAGCUGUGAAGUCUGUGACUGCCAGAUUUGCAUCUAUGGCAACAAACUUUUGCAGCCCGGUGUUUCCAACUGCGAAGAAGGAGUGUUCUGUUUCUAAAGGACUAAAUGUGUGCAGAAGCUUAUUACUUGACUUGGACUCUGUAUUCCUGUGAAUGCUCCUCCCAGCUCUACCCCUGACCUUGUCUGGAUGACACAAGCUAAAGCAGGGGAUGACUCUCACUGUAAAUAAGGAGGAAAUAAAAGCAAAGUUCAUUUUUGUAAGCGCUUUAUGAAUCGCACAAGGCUGUACACAUAUAUUUUUGUCUGCAAGCUGUUUAUAUUGUACAAUAAAAAAUAACUGAGUGUGGCACAUUCAC